GCUGAAGUGGAAGUUUUUUGAUAUGGUCGCAAAUCAGGGAAUUUCUACCUUUUGAUUUGUAUGUUUGUGUAAUCUGUUCUGUGGUAAAACUGACCUCAAAAUAUGAUAAAAUUCAGGCUGAAGCUUAAUAAAUCUUCAAAGAUGUGAGAAAGGAAGGAUGAGAGGAGAAAUGGGUGAGAAAAUGAGCAAACAAGUGUUAAAAACACAAAAUAUGCAGAAAUUCAGGAGCAUUGAACUAAAUUGAACUUAAGAAACGAGGCAUUUGCUUGUAUACUUCAAUUUAUACAGAAAUGCUUAUAAAGGCACACACACACACACACAUCCCAACGUGCAGACUAGCACGAACACUGUAGGCUGUGUAAGGUGGUUCUCCUUCACUUCCGCACCAUAAAUGUGUUUGCUAUACGAGGGAACACGGGGAGAAAAGAGGAAUUCAUGUUGGUGUUUAUUUGAGCUUUGGCCAAAUCCAACCUGGGGCGGCUGUGCUGGUGCGCACACUGCACCAAACCCCAGCCGCUCCUGUACCCCCAGCCAGACACACUCAUACUGUACACACUCAGGGAACUCAAGCGCACACACAACACGAAUUUUACUAUACACACACACACACACACACACACACACACACACACACACACACAUACACAUACCUGUCCACCCUACCCAUAUCAAGGUGUGUUUGUCUUUCCCUGCCCACCGUUUUAGGUCCUCCCAGGGCAGGUAUUUCCCUCUCUUCCCCACAGACACACAUACAUACACACACACACACACACACACACAUUCGAGCUAAAGAGGGGGGCUGUCUGUGUGUGUGAAGCACUUGCAUUGAUAACCUGCAGCUCAGAGUCACUCAGUCUCACUUUGUGGCCGUGCCCCUUGCCUGGAACUCCCUUCGCCCUGCUCCAUCUCCCCUCUGGCUUCUCACUCUUAGGACCAUCUGCGGACACGCUCGGACCCCCGCGUUUAGCUGUCGCCCCUCUGUCGCUGUCACCAUGACGCCUACCCCGCCGUUGUUCCUGCUGCUGCUUGGCCUCAUAGGAGCUCAAGCCACCAUGGACCUCCGCACAGCCGCUGCCAUGGCGGCAGGUUUGUGCAAAACCCGACCCACAGACAUCGUGUUCAUCAUCGACAGCAGUCGGAGCGUUCGCCCAUCAGAGUUUGAGCAGGUCAAAGUCUUCCUGGCCAAGGUCAUCGAGGGUCUAGAUGUCGGACCCAACGCCACACGUGUGGGAGUCGUCAACUACGCCAGCCGUGUCAAGAACGAGGUGUCUCUGAAAACACACCGCACCAAAGCCGGGCUGAUUAAGGCUGUGACCAAGAUCGAGCCCCUGUCCACCGGAACAAUGACCGGUCUGGCCAUCCAGUUUGCUCUAAACGUGGCCUUCAGUGAGGGCGAGGGUGCUCGCGUCAAAUCUCCUGAUAUCAGCAAGGUCGCCAUCAUUGUGACAGAUGGGCGUCCCCAGGACAACGUGAAGGAUAUUGCUCUGCGUGCUCGGGAUGCCGGCAUUGAGAUUUUCGCCAUCGGUGUUGGACGUGUGGACAUGAGCACCCUGAAACAGAUGGCCAGCGACCCCCUGGAUGAUCACGUGGACUAUGUGGAGAGCUACAGCGUCAUCGAGAAGCUGACCAAGAAGUUCCAGGAGGCCUUCUGUGUGUCGGACCUGUGUGUCACUGGGGAUCAUGACUGCGAGCAGGUAUGCAUCAGCAGCCCCGGAUCAUACAAGUGUGCCUGCAAAGAAGGCUUUACCCUCAUGGAUGAUGGUCGCAGCUGCAGUGCUUGCAGCAACUCAGCGACAGACGUGGUGUUCCUGAUUGACGGAUCUAAGAGCGUGCGUCCUGAGAACUUUGAGCUGGUUAAGAAGUGGAUCAACCAGAUCAUCGACAAGCUGGAUGUUUCUGACAGCAAGGCUCAUGUUGGACUGGUGCAGUACUCCAGCUCAGUCAGACAGGAGUUCCCCUUGGGCCGCUUCAACAACAAAAAAGACCUGAAGGAUGCUGUGAAGAAGAUGGCCUAUAUGGAGAGGGGAACUAUGACAGGCCAGGCCCUCCGCUAUCUGUCAGACAGCAGCUUCAGCCCCAAUCAGGGUGCCCGGCCUGGAGUCACCAAGGUGGGCAUUGUCUUCACAGAUGGACGCAGCCAGGACUACAUCGGAGACGCCGCCAAGAAGGCCAAGGAGCACGGUUUCAAGAUGUAUGCUGUCGGAGUGGGCAAUGCAGUGGAGGAUGAGCUGAAAGAAAUUGCCUCCGAGCCGACUGGAGAGCACUACUUCUACACUGCUGACUUCAAGACAAUGAACCAGAUUGCCAAGAAGCUGCAGAUUAACAUCUGUCAAGAGGAGGACCCUUGCGAAUGCGACUCCCUCGUAAAGUUCCAAAAGAAAGUAGAAGAUGCCCUACAGGCACUAACAAAAAAAUUAGAGAGCAUGUCGAAGAGGAUCGCUUUGCUGGAGAACAAAAUCGUCUGAGGACUCACAUCCCACUCUUCCCUCUACAUAUGCACACCCACCUACAUACACACACAAACAAUUUUUACUUCCUGUAAAAUACUGAAGAGGAACCUGUGUGUGCGUGUGCACCCUGACCUCUGCUUGUAGCCUGAGCUCUCCCGAACCACCUCUGCCUCCUCCUCUCUCGGUCUUACCUCUUCCACCCUUGGUCUCCUGGGACACGAAGCGCCGGUUGCCAUGGGGACAACGCCUUUGUGUGUGUGUAUGUGUGUGUGUGUUUGUGUGUGUGUGUGUGCGCUCCGAAGGUCAUCCUCCAUAGCCAGCCUGUGUGUUUGUUAAUAAAAGUCUUCCCUCAUAGGGAAACGGUGACGGUACACUGAAAGGUUUUUCUUUGUUGCUGCCUGUGUGCACACAAUGUUGAAUCUCCCCAAACCCCCUCCCCGCAGAGAGUCUGUGUCUCGUCAUGUCAAACGGAGAAGCACAUCAACCCCUCACUUGUUUCUCUUUAAAUCUGUCACUGUCAUGUUUCCCUCUCUCUCCCCUCAUAUGUGAAGGCUUCAACUUUCUUCUCUUACCCCCACACAAAGGUAUCUUAUAUAUGGUAUAUAUAAAGGUAAAUUAAUGUAAGAUAUAUGUCUGAUAAUAAGGGUACACCAUUGAUGUUUUUUAUUUUCCUAAAUAAAGGUGAUUCAGGAAGUACAUAUUAUAAGAUUGUGCAACUAUUGUAUGC